AUUCUUUCACAUCACUUGUAACCUUCACCUCGCCGCAAAACGAGCCAAAGUGGUGUGGCGUAUAAAAGAGAUUUAGAAAUUAUUUUAAAGCAUUUAGCCAGCCACCAUGAAGACAGUCGCAGUGCUCCUCUUCCUCACUUUGGCCGGUUGCACCAAGCAGGAAGAUGACGACCGAACAGAGAAAAUUAAGCAAUAUAGAGAUGAUUGUAUCGCAGAAACUAAAGUAGAUCCAGCUUUGAUUGACCGCGCCGACAAUGGAGACUUCGUCGACGAUGCCAAACUUCAAUGCUUUUCCAAGUGUUUCUACCAGAAGGCCGGUUUUGUGGCAGAAAACGGAGAUCUUUUAUUUGAUGUUAUUAAGGCCAAAAUUCCAAAGGAAGCAAAUCGGGAGAAGGCAUUGGCAAUAAUAGACAAAUGUAAAGACUUGAAAGGAGCUGACUCCUGUGAGACGGUCUAUCUAGUGCAUAAGUGCUAUUUCCUUCACUCUUACGGAUCAGACAAGAAAUCGGAAUAAAACGAAAGCUGUGAAUUUUAUAUUAUAGUUAGUGUUUUAGGAGUAAUAAAUUUUUGUACAUAAAA